AUGGAUUCCCCAAGACAGGACAGCGGGCAGCCCACGUCCCUCAACGAUUCCCCAACGUCUACGUUUACUGCCUCCUCAAGCUCUCGCUUCGACACCUCUAGAUCAUACCGGAACAUAUUCGCCUCAUCUACCACAACCCCAACACGCCAGGUCGUCAUUCGUGCAGACCCAUCGUUGAUAACGUGUUUCGACCCGGCGGAUAGGGAACUGUACGACUUAUUGCUGAGGAAGGCCGAUAAACUUCCCCUGUCCUCCCGUGUAUCCUUCAAUCGAUCCUUUUCUCUUUCACGAUUGCGAGAAAGCAUCGCCUGCAAGCCAGUUCUGUUCUUCGAACGCGACUUUGAUCUGAUGGCAGGUGGACGAUUGCUGGUUGAUGGCAAUGUGUUGUUGGGAUGA